AGAAUAUUUGGAUUCUCCAUGUUGGACCCAAACUGAGGAGCCCGGAGCUGCCGCCGGGGGAUCGGGGCCGGGGGCAACCGGGGGAGCCGUUGCCCGGGCCUCCCGCUCUCCGUACAGGCCGCCUCCCUUCCCGGCCCAGGGGAGGAACAAGAGCAGGGAUGUGAACAGCAGUGGGAGUCGGAGUCUCGGGAGCCGGAGCCGGAGCCGGAGCGGGCCCCCGCCCAGGCCCCCCAGCCCAGCCCAGCCCAGUCUGUGCGCCCGCGCGUCCUCCCGCCCAGCGAGCCCGGGCCCGCGGGAUUGUUAGAUGGAACACGGCUCCAUCAUCACCCAGGCGUGGAGGGAAGACGCCCUGGUGCUCACCAAGCAAGGCCUGGUCUCCAAGUCCUCUCCUAAGAAGCCUCGUGGACGUAACAUCUUCAAGGCCCUUUUCUGCUGUUUUCGCGCCCAGCAUGUUGGCCAGUCAAGCUCCUCCACUGAGCUCUCCGCAUACAAGGAGGAAGCCAACACCAUUGCUAAGUCGGAUCUGCUCCAGUGUCUCCAGUACCAGUUUUAUCAGAUUCCAGGGACCUGUCUGCUCCCGGAGGUGACAGAGGAAGAUCAAGGAAGAAUCUGCGUGCUCAUUGACUUGGAUGAAACCCUUGUGCAUAGUUCCCUUAAGCCAAUCAACAAUGCUGACUUCAUAGUGCCUGUAGAGAUCGAAGGGACCACUCAGCAGGUGUACGUGCUCAAGAGGCCUUACGUGGAUGAGUUCCUGAGACGAAUGGGGGAACUCUUUGAAUGUGUUCUCUUCACUGCCAGCCUAGCUAAGUAUGCUGACCCUGUGACGGAUCUGCUGGACAGGUGCGGGGUAUUCCGGGCCCGCCUGUUCCGUGAGUCCUGUGUGUUUCACCAGGGCUGCUAUGUCAAGGACCUCAGCCGCGUGGGAAGGGACCUGAGGAAAACCCUCAUUCUGGACAACUCGCCUGCUUCUUACAUCUUCCACCCGGAGAAUGCAGUGCCCGUGCAGUCUUGGUUUGACGACAUGGCAGACACUGAGUUGCUGAACCUGAUCCCAGUCUUUGAGGAGCUGAGUGCGGCAGAGGAUGUCUACACCAGCCUUGGGCAGCUGCAGGCCCCUUAGCCUUCCCUGCUG